AUGAGUGGCAAUCAAAAAGGCAAGGGCAAAGGCCGCCGCGGACGGAAUCGUGAGGAAGAAUCCGCAUCAGCUCCGUCUUCUUCCGGAGCCCCGGGCUACAUGACCGUCGGCAGCGGUUCUUCGCAGUAUGCUUCACGACUACAAACACUUAUAGACGAUGAUUCAGGCUACGGCGGUAGCAUCGCAGGCGACGAUGCCAGUUCAUCUAGGCGACAGGUCGGUUCUUCUCGAACUGACCCGUCUUUGUCGGGGGAUAUGCCGCUACAACGCCGUUCUUCCACCAGCCCGGACUCUGAACACCGAAAGGAAGCAGCAGCUAUUCACCAGAUGUGGUACAAUCAGCAUCGAUCGUCUUUAAAUCGCGCCAUCAGUAAAGUCGUCGAUCUCCUCAAAACCCUCCAAGAGACAAAUAUCACCUGGCCUGCGCAUUAUCCUUCAGUCCAGAGAGCGGAAAGGGCUUCUCCCGAACGGUCCGCACCACGUCCAGGAAUUCAACAUACCUCUACUAUGGGCCCAGAGUCCUCUUCGCACCGCUCGCGCCCAUUGCGACGAUCCAUGACGACUACAGAAGACUACGAAACUGCAGAAUCUAGUAGGGAUGCGGAGAAUAAAAACGCAGUAGAUUUACCGAGACUAGUUUCACCGCAGAUUGCCCAGGAGUUUUCGAUUCUAAAGUUGGACCUUAAGUUAGGCGGUUUACAUCAGACUGAGCUCGUCCAUUCUCUUGAGAAAGGAUCUAUUGCCGCAUUGCUGGAUGGAAAGAUUAGCUCUACCAUCAAGCAUUUACAGGUACUCCGUGAAAGAAUCGAGGACACAUCGAGCAAGGUUUUGGUAACUGGAGACCUGAAUGCCGGAAAGUCUACGUUUUGCAAUGCGCUACUGCGCCGAAAGGUACUCCCGGAAGAUCAGCAGCCAUGCACAAGCAUUUUCUGUGAAGUCUUGGAUGCGAGGGAGAAUGCUGGAGUUGAGGAGGUCCACGCAGUCCAUCAAGAUUCGAUCUACAAUCGACACGACGAAUCGACCUAUGACGUCUUCCCCCUAAAUGAAUUAGAGCAGAUAGUCCUCGACAAUGUUACCUAUAUGCAAUGCAAAGUUUACAUCAAGGAUGUGCGAACGAUUGAUGAAUCGUUGCUCAAUAACGGCGUUGUCGAUAUUGCUUUGAUUGAUGCGCCGGGUCUCAAUUCUGACACGACCAAGACGACGGCCGUAUUUGCGCGCCAGGAAGAGAUUGAUGUGGUUGUCUUCGUUGUAUCUGCUGCGAAUCAUUUCACCCAGUCUGCAAAAGAGUUCAUUUGGGCUGCUGCGGCAGAAAAAGCGUACAUAUUCAUGGUAGUCAACGGUUAUGACCUCAUCAGAGACAAGGAGCGGUGCCAGAAGAUGAUCCUAGAUCAGGUGUAUGGUCUAAGUCCUCGUACAUUCAAAGAGUCCACCGAACUCGUACAUUUCGUGUCCAGCAAUGCUAUACCGGUUUCUUCACCUCCUGGCGGUCCAGAUGGAGGAGGCAGCGGUAGCUCGAGUGGAGGUGGCGAUGACCCUGGUGAUGAUCCAAAAGGAAAAGGCAAGGACAAGGAGAAGGUUCGGGAUUUUGAGAAGCUGGAACAGUCCCUAAGGCGGUUCGUCUUAGAAAAGCGAGCACGGUCUAAGCUUGCGCCCGCCAAAACCUACCUCCUCAACAUCCUCAACGAUGUCAACGUACUGGCUACUGUCAAUUCCGAGAUGGCCACAUCCGAAUUGGAGCGAGUGCUGAGCGAGUUAGAAGUCAUUGAGCCUCAGCUAGAAGCUUCAAGGAAAGCAAAAGCUGAGGUGAGUGAGGAUGUGGACCAAACCAUCGAGGAGACUUGUAAAGAUAUUUAUGACCACACCCGGACUACUCUCAACUCAGUCAUUGCCCACGCUGGUGAUGGCAAUUCCGGUGUACCUUAUCCAGGUCUAUUCCACGUUUUCCAGUACGCCGAAGAGUUGAAGGAAGCAAUGCUAUCUCAGAUCUCAGAGUCAGUCACGUCCUGUGAGGAGUACGCACGGACGAAGACUGUUGGCGGCGUAAAUAUGAUCAAACAACUCGGCAUAAUGCAUCUCGGCAACGAAUAUCACGAUCUCAACUUCCGCGCUGACGUCAUGUUCCGAAGGAGACGUGACGUAUUAGCGAAACAAGUCGACGUAUCUACCGAGUUCUUGGACUUUGUCGACUGGUCUACACUGAUGCAACGGCAAGAGAAGAUGGCUGGCACUGGAAUGGCCUUAACCGUUGCUACUGCAAUUGGUGGGCGUUUAGUUGGCGGUAUGGGAUGGAUGGAUCACACUCUGAGCAUAGUGAAGAUCGUCGGAAAUGACAACCUUCGAAGGCUAAUUGUCCCUGGCUUAGUCCUAGCAGUCGUCUCAGCUACAGCUUACGUUGUUCAGCAAAUACCGCAUUCACUACCUCACCGCUUGUCUGAAAAGAUCUCAGCGCAGUUAACAGCAAUCGACUACGUCCAUGCAAAUAGCAAUCGCAUCUCGAGUUCAGUGCGCAAGGUACUCCGAUACCCCGCGGACAAUCUUCGAGUUGCCUUAUCGCGCUCCGUCGAACAACUUGGUAAGCGACAGGAGGAGACUAUGAAGGUGCGGGGCGAAAGCGAGGUAGCCCUCAAGUAUUUUGGGAACCUGGUACGCGAGAGUGCCCACCAACGCAGCUUAGUCGAGGAGAUAGAUCUCGAUGCACACCCUCUGCCCCCUGCCGGCGUAAGCAUUGCUUGA